CCUCCAAAAAGCAGCCGGACGCACCGCCGCGGAUAUUUGGCUCGCCAUGUCGGACGCCGAAUCCGAAGAGUCCAGCGAGUCUGGGGAGCAGCCGCCAGCGGUUUCUGCGGCGCCCUAUGAGAAGAUCUCGUGCUUGGGCGAAGGCGCCUUUGGCGCUGUGUGGCUGGCGCGGUGCAAGAGCAGCGGCCGGCACGUAGCUCUCAAGGAGGUGUCUCGGCAGCUGGCCGACCCCGCGCUGCUGGUCCCGGAAAGGGACCUGCUGCGCCAGGUGGCAGAAGCGCGAGAGCAGGGCAGCUGGGUGAGCCCUGCGCUGACGGGGCUGGUGGCCGCGUUCACCAGCGCUUUCGCAGUGAGUUUGGCUAUGGACCUGGUGGAGGGCGGAAAUUUGCUGGAGCACCUGAAAGCGGAGGGCCGGAUGCCGGCUUUUCGCGUGGAGCGCUACGGCGCGGAGAUCGCCUCAGCGCUGAAGUGGCUCCACGGGGCCGGGUGGCUCUACCGGGACCUGAAGCUCAGCAACGUGAUGCUCUCCCUGAGCGAGGAGUCGCUGGGGCGGGUGAAGCUCAUCGACUACGGCUUCGCCUUCCGAGGCCUCGAGGCCUCGAAGGCGGUGGGCACCCUGCAGACCAUGGCCCCCGAGGUGAUUUGCUGCGCACGGGCAGCUUGGAAAGAGGAGCUGCAAUUGGAUUUCCUUCCCUCCAGUUACGGGCCCACAGCCGACUGGUGGUCCCUGGGGGCGCUGCUCUUUGAGCUCCUCGCGGGAGUGCCGCCCUUCGGCCACCACGACGACGUGCUGCUGGAGGGCCGCCAGGUCCUUGAAGCGCAGCUCAAAGGCCCAGAGUGGCCUGAGGAUGUGAGUGAGGCGGCCAAAGGUGCCGCUUGCGGUUUGCUGCGCCUGGAGCCCUCACAGCGCCGCUGGGAGGAGGUCUCUUUCAGCGAGGGGCCAGGGCUCCCGGUCCGCGGGGACCUGGGCUUCACCGUGGAGAGCGCCGCCGCGGCGCGGCUGCGGCCCCGCCGCGGCGCGGCGCUGCCCAUGGCACUGGAGGGGCCAGAUCCCUUCGAAGACUGGUGAGCGGGGCCGUUGCAGCUUCGCCUGGCGCGAACAAUGUGGGCCAUGGUCAUAUCUGC